AUGGAAAAAAAGGGUAAUAUUUCUAAAAAUGUCACACCGUCAAAUGAAGAUAAUUCAUCCGAAUUGAAACAGAAUGUUGUUGAAAUUAUGAAUUGUGAUAAUGUGUCUAAAGUUUGUCCGAAUGUAAAGAAGAUGCAUAAAGGUGUUCCAAUUCGUUAUCGACUUCAUAAUUUAAAUGUUUUACAUGAACAAUUCCAAGCUGAAACUGGGACAUCAUGUUCAUAUUCUGUGUUUUGCCAAUACAUACCGCCAAAUAUUAAAAAAACGAAUGUGAACGACUGGGGGACAUGUCUUUGCAUGUUAUGUCUUAAUCCUCAAAUGAAAUUGGAGAAAUUAAUUCGAAUGAACACGAUCAAUAAUACUGAUACAGAUUUGCAUAACAUCAUCAAAGAUGAUUUAAAAUUUGAAGAGUUUUUGAAAAAAAUAAAAUUGUUAGAAAAACAAAAAGUUACAAUCACAUAUAUUGAGUGGCAAAAAGAAAAACAGGUAUUAAAAGAUCAUAUAAAAAGAAUUAAAUCUCAAUUUCAUGCAUUUAAACAAGCUCGAAUGAAUGCAACAAAUAAUAAUAAUACAGCAACAUUACAAAUCGAUUGGUCUAAAAUAGCACAAUUUGCAAAACAAAAUAGAGUUGAAAUAAAAUGGAUUUAUUUAGAAUCAGGAUAUGGAAAAGGAGCAGCAGAUGGUGUUGGAGCAGUCAUUAAGCGCACCAUGAAUGAAGCAGUCUCUUUUUACCCAGAUGCGGCAUUUGCAAAUGCAAAAGACUUGUUAGACAACAUAAAAAAUCGUUUAAAUAUUAAAUUAUCUAUUUAUGCAACGGAUGAUAUAGAAAAAGUGAAACAAACGUUGCCAAAAUUAAAAUCAAUUAAAGGAACUCUUGAACUUCAUGAAAUAUCAGCUAAUAGUGAUGGGUUAUUAACAGGAAAAAAACUGUCGGAUGAUUCAAACAUAGCAGUACGUAUAAAUUUAUUUCGUUGA